CCCAAAGGAGAAAACCAAUAUUCGGACUGAAUUCCCGUUUCUGUUUUUGUGUGUUCAAACCAAAAAACGAAAAAACGAACCGUUUUUUUCAUUUCUUCAGCUCUCUAUUCAGUUCAAGAAUCAAACUGUCAAAAUGUACACGGACCCUUCAGCUACGAGCGCCACCAUCACCUUGCUGCCAGCUGCUACACUAUACACUGACUCUGCAUAGACUGGGAAAGCUGUGGGAGAAAGGAGGUAUGCUAUUCAUGAAAGGAUGGCCUCGUUUGGCUGGAAGAGGAAGAUCGGGGAGAAGGUCUCUAAGGCUGCAGUGCAGCAGUUUGAGGCAGAGUCGGAGAAGGUGGAGAAGGAUGCUGAAUUGGAAGGAGUGGACUGGCUGCAUGCAAUCAAACGCAGGCGGGAGGUGCUGUUAGAAGACUGCACAGCCAAGAGCAAGAGGCUAAAGGAAGAGGGAACACUGCUGGCCGAGCAGGGCAGACACUGGGAGGCGGUAAAGAAAUGGGAUGAGGCCAUUCAGCUGACCCCUGAAGAAGCUUCACUUUAUGAGAUGAAGUCUCAGGUGUUGACCACUCUUCAGGAGGUGUUUCCUGCAGUGCAGGCAGCGGAGACGGCAGUUAAACUCCGCCCGGUCUGGUGGGAGGCGUGGCAGACUUUGGGCCGAGCCCAACUGAGCCUGGGGGAGGUUGAUCUGGCGGUGCGUUCUUUCCAAGUGGCGCUGCAUCUCCAUCCACUAGACCGCCCCCUGUGGGAGGAAGACUUGAGCUGGGCCUUGCGCCUGCGGGAGCAGAAGCGUGCCGCCCAGCAGAAAGCUGCUCAAGAAGAGGAGGCUCAGAAGCUCCUGCAUGAAGCCCCUGAACUGCAGAGGGAUUACGAGGACUUCGAGAGUGACGAGGUCAUCGCUGCCUGCACAGCAAUGGCGGAGCGACAGAAAAGGUGCGAGAGCUUAAUGAGGACAGCCGUGGUUGUGGACACUCAAGGUGUUGCGGUGGAAAUGGCGGUCGGGGAUAAUGACAGACCGGCUUCCUCUUCGGAGAGUGUUUUAGUGAAAGCGAGAGCUCUAUAAGUGGCUCUAUAAGACUGAGAAGCUUUUGGUUGCAAUAUUUAUAUGUUGUUUCAGAAUCACUUGCAUGGACUUUGAAAGGAUUACCUCAUAGAGGGUAGUUCAGACAUGGAUUAUGGUGUUAUAUUUUUUGUGUGCGUCAUUUGUGUACAGUGAAAACUGUUAAAUCAGUGUUGAAAUUGUGUACAUCACUACUGUUGAAACCACACUUAAGAAGGUAAAAUGCCGCCCAAGUGUAGCUGCUGAAAAGAUGAGCGACAAAGGAACAGCAAGAUUACCCACAUUACCAGUACUUAAACUGUUGAUUUCCUGAUUAUGGGGAAAAUCCUAUGAAUGCUACUCUGGAACACAUUGGUGUCAUUCUAAUUUCUUUAGAAUCAUUAUCCUGCUGUAGAGCUAUUAGAGUCUAUUUAUCUUAAGGUUGUUUACAGAUGGUGUGAAGUUUGCUCCCAGAAUUUGCUAGUAUUUAAUUGUAUAUAUUGUUUCCUUGUAAAGCCCAAUAAAUGAUUGAUCCACCCCCAUGCUUAACAGUUCUAGAGGUGAUCUUGUUUUCAUGAAAUUCUAUAUAAAAUUGUCUCCAUACAUGUCUUCACUUAUCGUGCCCAAAGACAUUAACCACCACUGUGGACCCUGACCGAUCUUCCUUAUGCAAUUCUUUCACCAAACAGAGGUACAGAGGUUCCUAUUAGCCUUUCUGGUAAUCCUCUAUACAAUUCCAGGUUUUCUUGGUCUUCCAGACCUCAGCUUAGGCUCCAAAGUUCCUGUUAGCUGCCAUUUGUUAAAUACAUUAAGAACUGAAGAAACUGCUACCUGAAAAUGCUUUGCUGUCUUUUAUUUUACACGCCACUAUAUUUGUUGUGAAGGUAGUACAACUGGCAUAAUAUAUGAAGUUCAUUGAGGAGGAGUAGAUACGUUUAUAUAGCAGAAUGUAAGAAAGCAUUUAUUUUUUUUCUGCAUGCAAUUCAAAAUAUGUAAAUCCUUUAGGGCUUCCAGAGAAGUAUAAUGGUCUCAGUGUCUGUUUGAAAAGCUGUGGUAAUACCAGACCUGUACUUCUUAUUUAUUUAUUUCCUUUUUUAUUUUUAUUUUUAUUUUUUGUGUUAAGUUUUACAGUGUAGCAUUGUAAUAUGCAGCUCUGAAAAGAAGAAUUAUGAUUUUACCAAAUUAAAAACCUCUGGAAUAUAAUCAAGAGGAAAGUGGAUGAUCACAAGCCAUCAACCAAGCUGAACUGCUUGAAUUUUUGCACCAGGAAUAAAGGCAUAAACUUAUCCAAAAGCAGUGUGUAAGACUGGUGGAGGAGAACAUGCCAAGGUGCAUAAAAACUGUGAUUAAAAACCAGGGUUAUUCCACCAAAUAUUGAUUUCUGAGCUCUGAAAAUUUUGUGAGUAUAAACUUGUUUUCUUUGCAUUAUUUGAGGUCUAAAAGCUCUGCGUCUUUUUUGUUAUUUUAGCCAUUUCUCAUUUUCUUCAAAUAAAUGCUCUAAAUGACAAUAUUUUUAUUUGGAAUUUGGGAGAAAUGUUGUCUGUAGUUUAUAGAAUAAAACAACAAUGUUCAUUUUACUCAAACAUAUACCUAUAAAUAGCAAAAUCAGAGAAACUGAUUCAGAAACUGAAGUGGUCUCUUAGUUUUUUUUUAGAGCUACAUAAUGACUACAUGUGUUCCAGGGUAGUAUAACAGUCAACAAAUUUGCCAUAUAUGCUCAUCAAUAAAAAAAAAAUAGAAGGACCCAGAUGGAAGUGUUAGAAUGCAAUGCAAUUGAGUAAAAUUCAUACAUAAGGCGCACUGAUGAUUUUUGGGAAAAUUAAAGAAUUUUAAGUGUGGCUUAUAGUGUGGAAAAAAAACAUAAUAGUUUAUAUGCUGGUAAUGCUGGAAGUAUGUUUAUUUUUUAUUUUAAUUUUAUAUAUUUUUUGGUAUUAUUUUCAGUGGCUACACUUGGAUGUUCUUUUUCCUUUCGUUUUCAGUAAUAAACUGCAAAUUAUGAUUUGAGGAUCACAGUGGCUGAAUGUUUGUUAGGAAUGUCUCUCGAUGCUGUGUGUAGUGUAUUGUCAUGUAGUGUGUCAUGCCUAACAUAUUAAUAAAGUAUUAUAAUUUCA